ACUGGAGUUCGGGAUGGAAGUUUACUAUUAGUGGACAAAGUUGAGCGGGAAAGAGGAGAAAGUGUUGCCGAAUUUAGUAUUGGUAAUGCUCAUCAUGAUUGGAAUUCAGCAGCUGAAAGAAACUAUGACUUUAGCACAGAUCGUGAUUUGGAAUCUGCAAUGAGCGAUUUGACAGCAGAAGACGAUAUUUACGAUAAGAAAACCUCUGUGAAACGUAUGCAUGAUUACGAGCCAGGUGUUGAUGGUAGUACUGAACGUUAUCGGACUGAAAUGACCACAACAACUUUAUCUAAAGGUUUUUCAAAGCAUUAAUC